AUGCCAGCACGACUCACUCGUGUUUCCGAUAGUAUAUCUGAUCACACGUACCGCAUGGCUAUGCUCGCUAUGUGUACGUCGGACAGCACGUUCGAUGUUUCAAAAUGUGUUAUGAUGGAUGUCGUGCUGAAGCGCAAGAUCAGCACUGAUGACAUGGCAGUGGGUGACAUCACACCUCGAGAAGGUAUUUCGAAACAGGAAAAACAGCGCUUAGAAGCGGAAGCGAUGCAUAAUUUUGUGCAUGAUAUGCUCCAUGGUUCCCCAGCAGCGCUACGAAUUGAAGCCCUCUGGAACGAACACGAAGAGGGAGAGAUGAACGAAGCAAAGUUCGUCAAAGACCUUGAUAGACUGGAGAUGGCGCUGCAAGCACGCGAAUAUGAAACGGCGCAUGCGCUGGAUCUUUACCCGUUUUUCGAUUCCAGCUUGCCCAUUUGCGUCAUCUAG